ACAAGAACAACCCCCAACCCCGAAAAAGAUCGACAUCUCCCUCCGUCCCCAUUUCGCCUCGGGGCGCAACUGUCAACGGUCAACCGUCAACCGUCAACCGUCAAACUGCUGGAUUUCAGCGUUUCGCCCUUGGUCCUACCAUUCCUCCUUUUUUUCUUCUUCUUUUUCUCUCCUUUUCCUCCAGCUUGCCCACACAGAACGCCCGACUCCACGUCCCGCCUCAGGCCCUCGCAACGAUGGCGCGCAGGCAGCACUUCACCCUGAUGGUGCUCCUCGCCCUCGCGGCCUUCUACAGCGUCUCCUACCUCUUCUCCUCCGGCACCACAACAGCGACAGUGUACGAGUCGGGGUCAGCACCGGCACCGGCGCCGCCGCCAGUGGCCUUGGCGAAAGACUCGACACCAGCAUCGUCUUCGUCGUCCUCUUCUCAUGAGGAUCAUGAUCAUGAUCAUGCGUCCACCUCUUCCUCCCCUUACGACGAUCAUGAUGAUCACGACCAUGGGCAUGGUAAUGACUCCGGCAUCGAUUUGGGGCAGAUCGAUAGCGGUAUCCUCAAGGGCGAGUCCAUUGCGCCUAAGCUCGAGAAUGCGACGGCUAGAGCCGAGCUAGGCCGCGCCUCCUGGAAAGUCCUCCACACCAUGAUGGCCCGCUUCCCCGAGGAACCCACCCCGGACGAGAGCACCGCCCUCAAGACCUACAUCCACCUCUUCGCCCGCCUGUACCCGUGCGGCGAGUGCGCCCGCCACUUCCGCGCCCUGCUGGAGAAGUUCCCGCCGCAGGUGAGCGGCCGCAACGCCGCCGCCGGCUGGCUCUGCUUCGUGCACAACCAGGUCAACGAGAGGUUGGAGAAGCCGGCGUUCGAUUGUAAUAACAUUGGCGACUUUUAUGACUGCGGUUGUGGCGAGGACAAGAAGGAGGGGGAGGAAGGGGAGGAGGGGGCCGAUUCUGAAGAGGUGGAGUUGAGGGAAGAGGAUUCAUAGGAUGGCUUGACGGCGUGGUUGGGGCUGGGAGCCUUUUGCUCGUUGCUGUUUUAUACGUUAUAUGUCGAGGUAACUGAAAAGAUGUGCUAUAUCCGACACCAUAACGUGGUUUGUGUUCUCCAGUACGGAGGACGGAUCCCGUACGUUCGUAGCCUGGCACGAUGUCAAGUUUCAACAAUCCCAUUCAAGUCUAUUCGAACCAAAGAAAAGAAAAGAAAGGAAUCAUGGACCAG